UUUCUCAUAUAUUUUCUCCAGAAAAUUUCCAGGUAGCUUGUGCUGGGUAAUUGAACUGGGGGAUGCUGAUACGUGUGUUGUCUUAAUAUUAUAUUUUAGUGGCAUUAUUAUAUUUCAACAUGAUGUUCAUGUGACAUUCACUAAUUGGCACCAAGUUGCUAAAUGUCGGUAGUCACUGUAUGGACAAAAUUGAGGUUCUUGUCACUAAGAGGAAACGACAGUUUUUUUGAUACUCAGGAUAAGAUUCUUCUAAGUUUUAACUUACUCUCUCUAUUCUUUUCUCCAGGGAUCUGUUACUCACGGACUAGCAAAAGGAAUAGUGCAAUCCCAAAAUAAAACAAAUAAGAAAACUAUAUUCAACAUCUUUUUGUGCUCUCACUUUUCUUUGACGUCAGGAUUUGCAGUUUCUCUCCACCAUUCUGCUACAAGUUAAAGCAACUUACCACCAACUUGCAUCAGAACCGGUGAAAAUUCCCCAAAUUGGACAAAAUUUGUAGUUUUUUUGGGAAGUAAUGCCCCUACUCUCUCUCUUUAAAGGUUCGUGUAGGAAGAGUUAUAUGAAUCUUGCCAUUUUUCCUUCUGGUGAGUGGUAGUAAGUUGGAUGGAUAAGAGUGGAGGCUGGUUAUCAACCUUUUUUUUCUUCUUAUUGGGCCCAAACGACUUUAAUCUUACUAAUCGUGGAAGACAACGAUCAUAUCAGAUUUUUUUAGAAUUUUUAAUUUGGCUUCUUGUGAAUUCAAGACGCUUUGAGUGCUUAACUAGCUGAUGCACAAGGAAAUCUCAAAGAGAGCACAUGGAGUGCAACCGCGAUCUUUAGUACUCACUACACAUGACAUUGUCUCUCUGCUCUUUUUUUAUUUGUGAUCAUUACUUACCAUAAACUAGAGGGUUAAUGAAUCUGAUUACGGAAAUGGAGGAAGAGAAGAGGAAUUCCUUUCCUUUUCCAUUGUUUGUUAUCUUCUUCCUACUUUCUAUACCUGGUCCUCUUUUUGUUCAUUCCCAGUGCAUCCAAAAGCCAGUUAUUUUCAACUUUGGUGACUCGAAUUCUGAUACGGGUGGUUUAUCUGAGGGACUUGGCAUCAAAUUUGGACUCCCAACUGGACGUACAUUCUUCCAUAAACCAGCAGGAAGAUUAUGUGAUGGACGUUUAAUGAUUGAUUUUCUAUGUGAAAGUUUGAGUUCUGAUUAUUUGACCCCAUAUCUGCGAUCUGUGGGCCCAAAUUUCACAAAUGGAGCCAACUUUGCUAUAUCUGGUUCAGCUACUCUGCCAAAGGAUCGUCCAUUUAAUUUGUAUGUUCAAAUUAUGCAAUUCCUUCAAUUUCAAUCACGCUCCCUCGAGCUUAUUCCAAAAGGUUAUAAAGACUUGGUUGAUGAAGAAGGGUUCAAUAAUGCACUUUACACAAUUGACAUCGGACAAAAUGAUCUUGCUGCUGCAUUCACCUACUUGCCUUAUUCACAAGUCAUUCAGAAAAUUCCAUCUUUUGUUUCUGAGAUAAAAGAUGCCAUAUGGAAUCUAUACCAACAUGGAGGAAGAAAAUUUUGGAUACACAACACAGGGCCAUUGGGCUGUUUACCUCAAAAGCUCGCUGCAGCUUAUGCAAAUGCAAAUGCCAGUGACAUUGACAAUCAUGGAUGCCUCCAAUCCCUCAACAAUGCUGCAAAAGAGUUCAACACUCAGCUAAGAGUUGCAUGUGGAGAACUAAGAUCUGCUUUGACAAAUGUCACCAUCGUGUAUGUCGAUGUCUACGCCAUCAAAUAUGACAUCAUAGCCAACUCAGUCUCCAACGGGUUUGAGAAUCCAUUGAUUGUGUGUUGUGGCUACGGAGGACCACCAUACAACUUCAACCAGAGCGUUACUUGUGGCCAGCCGGGAUUCAACACGUGCAAUGAAGGAUUGAAGUAUGUAAGUUGGGACGGAGUUCACUAUACAGAAGCAGCAAAUGCGGUGUUUGCUUCCAAGAUACUUUCUUCUCAAUACUCUUCUCCAAAACUUCCAUUCAAUUUCUUCUGUAGUAACAAGUGAUGAUUGGAUUCAUUUUGACCCAACAUAAAAAGUUCAUAUAAUUUGGAUAAUUUUUAGCUUUUGAUUGGACUUUUGUUGGACGUUUGCUCUUUUUACUGUGUUAUAGAGAGUAAUUGCAAAACUGUAAUCAAGGAAAGGCAAAGGAUGCUAUACAAAAACUUAUUAGUAAAGAAAAUCAUAAAAAGCAAUCAUUUCAAAACUUC